AUGCUUCGACAAGGACGCCUCAAAGAAUUGUUGAGCGACCAGGAAAGGACCAACUUUGCCAGAGGGCGCAAACAGCAUCAGGGACCGCCGAAAUUGCCCUCACCAACUCGAACAAUCCCAAUGAUUAUCAGCGACGGUGGUGACAUUUCUAUCAAUAACGUGAAGUUCACCACAACUCAUAACCUCAAACGAUUGAUCACUCACGAACGGUAUGACGAACUCGAAGAAAGUAUCAUCUUCGACAAGUCAGAUACCUAUGGUUUGGUUUUCCCUUACUAUGAUGCCCUUAUUAUCACUUUACAAAUUCUAGAUACGAAUGUAAGACGCAUUAUGGUAGAUGACAGGAGCGGUGCGUGUAUUAUCUACCCUCGGGUACUUGCACAAAUGAAACUCGAGGAUAAGAUAGUGUUUUGUUGCAUCACACUAACAGGUUUUAACAAUGCAGUUGAGCGAACAUUUAGAAAAAUCACAUUACCCGUCCUAGCUGGUGACGUCACUCUGGAAACCACAUUCCAUAUCAUGGACCAGGACACAACAUACAACACCAUAAUAAGGCGGCGAUGGAUACAUGCCAUGAGAAUUAUCCCUCCAGUUUGUACCAAGUCAUCAAAUUUCAAACCCCAUGGGGAAUAUUCAUCAUACGAAGACAACAACGCACAUCUCGGGAAUGUUACCGCAUCGCCCUGGAUUGUACGGUCACUCAAUAAACGAAGGGCAAAGCAAAAAAGGCAUAAUAACAGGGCCGAGGUCGAUCUUUAA